AGAAUUCAUACUACAGUUACUGCAGUAACAGAAUAUGGAGUCUUGCUCAGCAGGGCUACAAGUUUAUCAACUACUGACUUCUGGUUCAUAAGUGUAGUCACGGAACUGUUCCGCUGAGCAGCUGAAGGCAUAUGGAUCCAAUCAUGCCAUCCCAUGAGCCAGCAGUAGAUGACAAGAUUGAUGAUCCUGAUCGUACAUCAGAUGAAGUGGAUGGAAUUGCUUAUAUCCCACAUAGUUCAAAGCUGGAGGAUGUAGAGGACGAUAGUGAGGACAUCAAAGCAGUAGUAGAUGGCAUUGAUGGGAUAAAAAUUUCCCCAGGACUGGGCCUGGCAGAUUUUGACCUCAUUCGUGUCAUUGGACGAGGAAGCUAUGCCAAGGUCUUGUUGGUUCGAUUAAAGAAGAAUGACCAGAUUUAUGCCAUGAAAGUUGUUAAAAAGGAGCUGGUACAUGAUGAUGAGGAUAUUGACUGGGUCCAGACAGAGAAGCAUGUGUUUGAACAAGCUUCCAAUAAUCCGUUCUUGGUUGGGCUUCACUCCUGCUUUCAAACUGAGAGUCGGUUGUUCCUUGUGAUUGAGUAUGUGAAUGGCGGUGAUCUUAUGUUCCAUAUGCAACGACAACGAAAACUUCCAGAAGAACAUGCAAGGUUUUAUGCAGCAGAAAUUUCUAUUGCAUUGAACUUCCUUCAUGAAAAAGGAAUAAUCUACAGAGAUUUAAAACUGGACAAUGUCCUGUUGGACCACGAGGGCCACAUUAAAUUAACAGACUACGGCAUGUGUAAGGAGGGUAUUAGGCCAGGCGACACAACUAGCACUUUCUGUGGCACGCCAAAUUAUAUUGCACCAGAAAUCCUUCGGGGAGAAGAUUAUGAUUUCAGUGUUGACUGGUGGGCCCUGGGGGUUUUGAUGUUUGAGAUGAUGGCUGGAAGAUCACCAUUUGACAUCAUAACAGACAAUCCCGACAUGAACACAGAAGAAUAUCUCUUUCAAGUUAUUCUAGAGAAACCUAUUCGGAUUCCAAGGUCCCUCUCUGUCAAGGCUGCCAGUGUCCUGAAAGGCUUUUUAAAUAAGGAUCCCAAAGAUCGACUAGGGUGUCAAGUGCAAACAGGAUUUUCUGAAAUCAAGUCUCACACAUUCUUUCGCAGCAUUGAUUGGGACCAGAUGACACCGCAAAGAGCUAACUGAGGAAAGCACUACACACCACAAACAAAGGAUCACGCAGCAAAGAGAAAGAGUGCACACCAACGCAGGAAGAAUACUCCCCUUGAACUUGGAGCAACAACAAAUCAACAACUCCACACAACAUCAGAAUAACUUUUAAAGACUUUGUAUUGUAAAACUGUUCACCUGUGCCAAAUUAAAUUAGAACUCUAAAUAGCAAUUACAUAUCCGGUCUCUAUGUUAUAUGUUUAUGUGCCUAGUCUGUCUGUGUCUUGUCUUAUGUGCCAACAUGUAUAUACAGUUGCCAUAUUACUUAAAUCCUUGUGUUUAUAAAUUGUAUUCUUCUGUUUCUUAAAACAAGUAUCCCUCGUAUACCUUGAUAAAGCUCUAAAGGCUGGAGACCCACCUCCUACAAAAGAGAAAGCCAAAUUAUUCAAUCAAUUACUCAAAAUGCCAAAGGCAAGUUCAAUAGUUGAUUAACCGAGUUAAAUCUCUUUUCCUUUCCCACAUUGUUAUGGCUUUCCCUGGGUAAUUAAGUUAGAAUUCACAUUGCUUUCCUACAGUCUGCAGGGAAAGGGCUAUACUUUUACAGCAUAAAUUACAAUGACAGCAGGUGAUUAAUCAAAUCUUGCAAUAACUAAUAGUUUAUUAAUAGCAAACUCGAAAUUAUAUGUAGUAAUAGAACAUAGUAAAGUUAUAAAAAUGCGGAAAUAAA